AAUUCGUCUUCAGACUGUAACCCUUCUUCUACCUCCUCUAGCGCUGAACCUUUCAACAAUGGCUACGAUGAAUUUGUCUCUAGACAAAUCGAUUUCCUUAUCUAGAACUGGCCUGACCCACAGGAAAAAUCUAGGUAAAAGGAUUAUUUCUGUCCAACUUCAUGUUGGCAGCCCAGCCGCUACCACCGCUGCUGGUUUGUCGGUGACCGAAAAGACGACGGCUUCAAGGAAGCUAUCGAGCAAGGAGUUAAUGGAGGAGGAGGCGUCUGUGAUUGUUGGCACGUACGCGAGAACUCCUUUGGUUCUCACGAGUGGUAAAGGAUGUAAAUUGUACGAUGCUGAAGGGAAAGAAUACUUAGACAUGACCUCUGGAAUCGCAGUGAAUGCUCUUGGCCAUGGCGAUCCUGAUUGGAUUAGAGCCGUUACAGAACAGGCUAAUGUUCUUACUCAUGUCAGCAAUGUCUUCUAUACAGUUCCUAUGGUGGAACUUGCGAAGCGGUUAGUGGGUUCUUCUUUUGCUGAUAGGGUAUUCUUCUCAAACAGUGGAACAGAAGCAAAUGAGGCUGCUAUCAAAUUCUCUAGAAAGUUUCAGAAGUUUUAUCAUUCUAAGGAGAAGAAGAAUCCACCACCAACAGAUUUCAUUGCAUUUACCAAUUGUUUCCAUGGCAGAACAAUUGGAGCUCUAGCUUUAACAAGCAAAGAGCAUUACAGAACUCCGUUUGAACCCAUUAUGCCUGGAGUUACUUUCCUUGAAUAUGGCGACAUUGAAGCUUCAACUGAAUUGAUUCGAUCUGGGAAAAUUGCUGCUGUUUUCGUUGAACCCAUACAAGGAGAAGGUGGCAUUUAUGGUUCCACCAAGGAAUUCCUGCAGUCGCUUCGAUCUGCUUGCGAUGAUGCUGGUUCUCUCUUAGUUUUUGAUGAGGUUCAAUGUGGUUUAGGUAGAACAGGUUAUCUUUGGGCACACGAAGCCUAUGGUGUUUACCCAGAUAUAAUGACUCUUGCGAAACCACUUGCGGGUGGUUUGCCAAUCGGAGCUGCACUGAUAACCGAAAGAGUUGCUUCUGCAAUCAAACCAGGGGAUCAUGGGAGUACAUUUGCUGGAAACCCUCUUGUCUGUAAUGCAGCCAUAACUGUAUUCGACAAAAUCUCCGAACCUGAAUUCUUAGCCAGUGUAGCCAAGAAAGGCCAACACCUGAUUGAAAAACUGAAAGAGAGAAUUGGGGGCAAUCCUCAUGUGAAAGAAGUACGAGGUUUUGGGCUGAUUGUUGGAAUUGAGCUGGAUGUAUCGGCUUCUCCUCUUGUGGAUGCUUGUCGGAAUGCUGGACUUUUGGUAUUAACUGCGGGAAAAGGAAACGUUGUUAGGAUUGUACCGCCAUUGGUGAUUUCAGAGGAGGAGAUUGACCUAGCUGUUGAAAUCUUGCUUAAAUGUUUACCUGCACUCGAAGAGUAAGUUGUAAGUUCUCGCUUGUUUGCGAAAAGUUAGUAUUUUAAAGAUGAAUAGCUUCUGUUAUAAAAUUAAGUUGUCGAUUUCAUCUUUGUGUUGUAUUUAUGUUGAAUCUAAUGAACUCUUAUUUUAAGUUCUAUCGAAAUAGACUACCUGAAUUCAAUAAUUCAAUAAAGGUCCUUCUUUCAAGUUA